AUGGCGGCUCCGAGCCUGCUCUCUCACCAUUAUCAUCAUCUCCACCCACACGUCAUCCCUGCUCCGAAGUGCUGCCCUUCUCUCAGACCCCAACUGUUCAUAUCCCCAAUUCCACCCCAAAACCCUACCAAAACCCCCAUCUCCGUCUCCGUUCCGAUUUUCAUGAUUUCUCUGCCUAGAAAAGGAAACAAUUGUAGCUACACGGCCUCGACCUUUCAGAGCCUCGAUUCUGAGGCUCAGCAACAAACAGACGACGGCAAUGGCUUAGAAGAAGUGAGAGAAGCCAUCAGAGAGUAUCUGGAACAGCUUGGGGCUUCGAGGGAGGACGCGUCUCGCAUUAGCUUUGGCUGCCCCAACUAUUUGAAGAUGCUGAUCGACGGCGUCCAAGACCUUGACGACUGGAACUCGUGGUCCGCUGACGCAGGUCCUGGUGGUCAAGCGCCUGUACAAUUUAAAAACAGAGUGUAUCAGAUGGCAAAGCAGAAAGGGGACAAUGGUAUUCUCCCUUUCCUGGAGAGCGAAGGACUUCCUCUCUCCUCUGCCACUCGCUUGGCUCGUUAUCUCUCUUCUUCUGGCUCCAAUGUGCUACCCCUCCUUGUUCACAAGGUUAAGUAUGUGAAGGAAAUUAUGUUUUCUGGCAGUCUUGAUUCUGAAUUUAUUGGAAAAAAUGCUCGGCGUAUGAUGACCCACCUCUCCAUUCCUGUCGAUGAGGAUGUGCAGCAGACUUUGGCAUUCUUUGAAAAGGUUGAAGCAAGGCGUGGAGGUCUGAAUCUCUUGAGUUCUGAUAACACCUCUUUCCGGUACCUCAUUGAAUCUUUUCCACGCCUUCUUUCUCUUCCACUAGAAUCUCGUCUAAAGGUGACUGUGAAGGUCUUGGAAGAUAUUGGGGUUCGUAAAGAACGUGUCAGAAAUGUUCUUCUUUUAUUUCCACCCAUCUUGUCUUAUGACAUUCAGAAGAGAAUCAAGCCAAGGUUGCGAUCAUUCGAAAAGAUUGGCAUAAGAGAAAAUGAUAUCAGUAAGAUGCUUGUCAAGUAUCCUUGGAUUGUUUCUCCAAGCAUCCUGGAUAAUUUUGACGAAAUUGUUGAUUUCUUUGAUGAUGAGAAGGUCCCCCGAGUUUCAACAGCCAGUGCAAUCAAGAACUGGCCACAUAUUCUGGGAUGUUCUGUAGAUAAAAUAGGGCUAAUGGUUGAACAGUUCAGACGAAUGGAUAUUACGAACAAGAAGUUGGGUCAGGUUAUCGCUAAAAGUCCACAAUUACUACUUCGCAAGCCUGAGGAGUUUGAUCAGGUGGUAUCCUUCUUUAACGAUUUAGGAUUGGAUGAGAAAGCUAUUUCUAAGACGCUUGCUCGUUGUCCUGAAAUUUUUGCGGCAAGAAUAGACGAAACUCUGAAGAAGAAGUUGGAGUUUCUUUCUAGUGUCGGGAUUUCUGAAACCCAUCUCCCGAGAGUUGUCAGGAAAUACCCAGAAUUAUUUGUUUGUGAUGUCGACAGGGCGUUAUAUCCUAGAGUAAGGUACCUAAUGGAAGUCGGAUUUUCAGAAAGCGAUAUAGUGUCCAUGUUACACAGAUUCUCACCGAUACUCGGGUAUAGUGUUGAAGAAAAUUUGAAGCCAAAGUUGGAGUUCCUAGUGAACACCAUGCCAAGGCCUCUAAGUGAUGUGGUUGCUUACCCAAGAUAUUUCAGCUACUCACUGGAGAAGAAGAUAAGGCCCAGGUAUUGGGUUCUGAAAGGGAAGAAUGUGGAAUUUACGUUGAAAAAAAUGUUGGGUAUAAACGAUGAAGAAUUUGCCGCUGCGUAUUUAGAACUGGGAGAGAUGCCUGUUCUUCCUCCUUGA